UGGCCCUCAUUCCUUUCACUUCGUUCCCCAUCCAUAUUCCCAAAUUUCCCCCAUUUGAACCAGCCAAUUGAACCCCAUCUCUCUUCCACUUUUGCCCAACUGAAGAUUAAUCAAAACUAAGCUCAGCAAAGGAGAGAAGGAAAAAAAAAAGAAAAAAAAGAAAAAGAAAAAUCAAUGGCAGCAACUAUGGCUACAAUGGCAAUCCUCAAUGCCAAGUGCUUGAACACCAAUUCUCCCAAAAUCCCCAACCCCACCAAGCCAUUAUCAAAACCCACUUCCCUUCUUUCCAUUCAAAACCUCCCAAAAGGUCUAACCUCCAUAAAAUCAAUUGAAGCUCCCAAUAUGCCAUCUUCCUUAGCAGGAACCGCCAUUGCUGGAGCAAUCUUUUCGACCUUGAGUUCCUGUGAUGCUGCUUUGGCUGCUCAACAGAUUGCAGAGAUAGCUGAAGGAGACAACCGUGGACUUGCUCUGCUUCUUCCUGUUAUCCCGGCACUGGCGUGGGUUCUCUUCAACAUCCUCCAACCAGCACUGAACCAGCUCAACCGCAUGCGCAGCUCAAAGGGAGUGAUCGUUGGGCUUGGUCUGGGUGGAUUGGCUGCAUCAGGGUUCGUGUCAACUCCAGAUGCAUCAGCCAAUGAGAUUGCAAUGAUUGCUGAUGCUGCUGCAUCAAGCGGUGAUAACAGGGGACAGCUCCUUCUGUUUGUUGUGACCCCAGCUAUCGUUUGGGUCCUUUACAAUAUUCUACAACCGGCUCUCAACCAGCUCAACAGGAUGAGGUCUGAGUAAGAGAUUGGAUCUUGUUUGGCACUUAAAAAAUCACCUGUAGUUUGCACCUUGUGUUAAUGAACACUCUUUUUUAUAUAUAAGCUUUUUUUUUUUUUUUUUUCUUUCUCUCUUUUUCCUUCCUUUUUUUAUUUUGGGUUAUUGAAAACUUUGUAAUUGUUAAUGUUGUGAAAAUCCUUUUGCUAGCCCAAGGUUCAUCACAAAAGCUAUAAAUAUUUGUUGUUUGUUAUGGAUUA